CGCGGCGCCGGAAGUCCGGGACACGUGACCGGGUGACAGCGCUAGCUGGACUGCGGGGCUCCCUUUAGGUGCUGCAGCACGGGAUGGCGGAGGCACCUCCUGUCUCAGGUACUUUUAAAUUCAGUACGGAUGCUGCUGAGUUCAUUCCUCAGGAGAGAAAAAAUUCUGGUCUAAAUUGUGGGUCUCAAAGGAGGCUGGACUCUAAUAAGAUUGGUAGAAGAAAUUACAGUUCACCACCUCCCUGUCAACUUUCUAGGCAAGUUCCUUAUGAUGACGUUUCUGCUUUUCAUCAGCAUAAUUAUCGUCCUUCAGGGAGCAAACCUAAGAGUCAACAGACUUCUUUCCAGUCCUCUGCUUUUAAUAAAUCACCCAAGAGCCAUGGCCUUCAGAAUCAACCUUGGCAGAAAUUGAAGAGUGAAAAGCACCAUAUCAGAGUCAAAAAAGCACAAGGUCUAGCUGACCAGACCUCAGAUAUAGCUGGCUUAGAAAAUGUGACCAGAUCAGAGAGUGGGACAAACCUCAGAGAACACAGCCCUUCUGAGAGUGAGAAGGAAAUUGUUGGCGCAGAUCCCAGGGGAGCAAAACCUAAAAAAGCAAUGCAAUUUGUAUAUAGCUAUGGUAGAGGACCAAAAGUCAAGGGAAAACUCAAAUGUGAGUGGGGUAACAGAAUGACUCCAAAACCAGAUGAUGCUGGACCUGAAAAUAACAAACCGGCAGGGGUUGUCCACCCUGACUCUUUGGAUGCAUCCUUUAGAAAAGGAGUAUUGGAUGGAUUAGGGGCCAGACGAAACGAGCAGAGAAGAUACCCACAAAAAAUGCCUCCCUGGGAAGUGGAGGGGGCCAGGCCACGACCAGACAGGAAUCCACCAAAACAGGAGGGCCAACGACAUAUAAAUGCAGGAUCCAGGAACAACAUGGCCCCCAUUCCAAAGGAUAAUCUCAAUGAAAGACCAACAAAAUCUGCCUGUGACAGUGGGAACUUGGCAGUAGCCAACAAGUCUUCCAGAAGGGUUGACCAAGAGAAAUGCACUGUAAGGAAGCUGGAUCCUCAAGUAAUAUCUCCUUUCCCCCGAGGCAAACAGAACCAUGUGCUAAAGAAUGUGGAAACGCACACAGGUUCUCUAAUUGAACAACUGACUACAGAAAAAUAUGAGUGCAUGGUGUGUUGUGAGUUGGUUCGCGUCACGGCCGCAGUGUGGAGUUGUCAGAGCUGUUAUCAUGUGUUUCAUUUGAACUGCAUAAAGAAAUGGGCAAGGUCUCCAGCAUCUCAAGCAGAUGGCCAGAGUGGUUGGAGGUGCCCUGCCUGUCAGAAUGUUUCUGCACAUGUUCCUAAUACCUACAUUUGUUUCUGUGGCAAAGUAAAGAAUCCUGAAUGGAGCAGAAAUGAAAUUCCACAUAGUUGUGGCGAGGUUUGUAGAAAGAAACAGCCUGGCCAGGACUGCCCUCAUUCCUGUAACCUUCUCUGCCAUCCUGGACCCUGCCCACCCUGCCCUGCCUUUAUGACUAAAACGUGUGAAUGUGGACAGACCAGGCACACGGUUCGCUGUGGUCAGGCUGUCUCAGUCCACUGUUCUAACCCAUGUGCAAAUGUUUUGAACUGUGGUCAGCACCAUUGUGCUGAGCUGUGCCAUGGGGGUCAAUGCCAGCCUUGCCGAAUCAUAUUGAACCAGGUAUGCUACUGCGGCAGCACCUCUCGAGAUGUGUUAUGUGGAACAGAUGUAGGAAAGUCUGAUGGAUUUGGGGACUUCAGCUGUUUAAAGAUAUGUGGCAAGGAUUUAAAAUGUGGGAACCAUAUGUGCUCUCAAGUGUGCCACCCUCAGCCCUGCCAGCUGUGCCCACGGCUCCCCCAGCUGGUGCGCUGUUGCCCUUGUGGCCAAACUCCUCUCAGCCAAUUGCUAGAACUUGGAAGUAGUGGUCGGAAAACGUGCAUGGAUCCUGUCCCUUCAUGUGGAAAAGUGUGCGGCAAGCCUCUUCCUUGUGGUUCCUUAGAUUUCAUUCAUACCUGUGAAAAGCUCUGCCAUGAAGGAGACUGUGGACCAUGCUCUCGCACAUCAGUUAUUUCCUGCAGAUGCUCUUUCAGAACAAAGGAGCUUCCUUGUACCAGUCUCAAAAGUGAAGCAGAUGCUACAUUUAUUUGUGACAAGAGGUGCAACAAGAAACGAUUGUGCGGACGACAUAAAUGUAAUGAGAUAUGCUGUGUGGAUAAGGAGCACAAGUGUCCUUUGAUUUGUGGGAGGAAACUCCGUUGUGGUCUUCAUAGGUGUGAAGAACCUUGUCAUCGUGGGAACUGUCAGACUUGCUGGCAAGCCAGUUUUGAUGAAUUAACCUGCCACUGUGGCGCAUCGGUGAUCUACCCUCCAGUUCCCUGUGGUACUAGGCCCCCUGAGUGUACCCAGACCUGUGCCAGAGUUCAUGAAUGUGACCAUCCAGUGUAUCAUUCUUGUCAUAGUGAGGAGAAGUGUCCCCCUUGUACCUUUCUAACUCAGAAGUGGUGCAUGGGCAAACAUGAGUUACGAAGCAACAUCCCCUGUCACCUUGUUGAUAUCUCUUGUGGAUUACCCUGUGGUGCAGCGCUACCAUGUGGGAUGCACAAAUGUCAGAGACUCUGUCACAAAGGAGAGUGUCUUGUGGAUGAGGCCUGCAAGCAGCCCUGCACCUGCCCCAGAGCUGACUGUGGCCACCCAUGUAUGGCACCCUGCCACCCCAGCUCACCCUGCCCUGUGACUGCAUGUAAAGCCAAGGUAGAGCUACAGUGUGAAUGUGGACGAAGAAAAGAGAUGGUGAUUUGCUCUGAAGCCUCCAGUACUUAUCAAAGAAUAGCUGCUAUUUCCAUAGCCUCUAAAAUAACAGACAUGCAGCUUGGAGAUUCAGUGGAGAUCAGCAAGUUAAUUACCAAGAAAGAAGUUCACCAAGCCAGGCUAGAGUGUGAUGAGGAGUGUUCAGCCUUGGAAAGGAAAAAGAGGUUGGCAGAGGCAUUUCAUAUCAGUGAUGAUUCUGACCCUUUCAAUAUACGUUCUUCAGGGUCAAAAUUCAGUGAUAGUUUGAGAGAAGAUGCCAGGAAGGACUUAAAGUUUGUCAGUGACAUUGAGAAGGAAAUGGAAACCCUUGUGGAGGCCGUGAAUAAGGGAAAGAAUAGUAAGAAAAGCCACUGCUUCCCUCCCAUGAACAGAGACCACCGCCGGAUCAUCCAUGACCUGGCCCAGGUUUACGGACUAGAGAGUGUGAGCUAUGAUAGCGAACCAAAGCGCAACGUUGUGGUCACUGCCAUCAGAGGGAAGUCUGUUUGUCCUCCUACGACACUGACAGUUGUGCUUGAAAGGGAAAUGCAGACACGGCCUCCACCACCAAUUCCUCAUCACAGACAUCAGACAGACAAGAAUCCUGGGAGCAGUAAUUUGCAGAAAAUAGCCAAGGAGCCAAUAAUUGACUACUUUGAUGUCCAGGACUGAGAAGAUCAAGAUGUACUUAGAUUAAACUAAGAAUGAUUAGGUGUAGAGGAGACUCUUUUGCCAGCAGAUAAAUCAUGUUUAUUCCCCCAGCUGGCAAAAUCAAUCAUAGCCUCACAUACUGUCUUGUACCGAUACAUCCAAAGCAUGAGUAUGUCAGAAAUGCCCUUGUCUAUUCAUGUCUGUAUAAAGUGUUUGAGAAUGGCCAGAUCUCUGAUUGUUUGGUCACUAGCUAUUCAGUCAUGUUUUUGAAGAGACUUCUCACACCAUCACUGUGAUUGCUAUGAGUGUUGAGAGAAUAUUGGGUUUUGUUUGGGCAAACCAGAAUUUUAGCCUAAAACUGGCUUUAUGGCACUUAGUCAUAGCCUCAGUUGUCCCAGAAAUCCUCCUGAAAAUGCCUGAAAUAUGAGAUGGACCUUACUUUCUUUAUCCAAACCAAUCACAGUCUUUGGAGAGACACAGGAAAUUUCUCAGUCUGAAAUACUGAACAUUGAAUUGGUACACCAUAUGUGGAAUCACACAUGUUGUCUUAAACCCAGCCAUGUUCUCUAAGACUUUUGCCAAAAACUCUCCAUAGGUCUAUCUAGCUGAACUUAUUUUAGUGGUUCCCCAUACUGUCAGUUCUAGACCUAGGAGUGAGAUCAGGUUGCCUUACAGAAUUCCAUUUUUAAGUCCCUGGGGCCUCAUCCCACAUGACUGGGCCUUCUGGUGACAGUCAGUUUAGCUAUCCCCCAUGAGGGUAGAGGACAUAGAGCAAGCUCUUCCUUCUGCCAGCUUCACACUGUGGCCUCUGUGAACUGACCGGUGUAGCCCUAAUUCCUCUCUGGUUGAGAAAGAGUCUCACGUAGACAACUGUCCUGUGUUGCUUUUUCCUAGGCCUUCAACAGCUGUAUUGACUUUCCCUGUUUCUGAGCUCUGGACUUCUAUUUGAAUAUUCAAAGAAGUAUGUGGACAGUCCAGGGCUUAUGCUCAGCAGCCAACUGGAGGCAUUCUUCAGUUUCUUUUAAUGCAGGUGUGUUGACAUUUACAUUAGUUUGGCCCUCUUUGCAUGUACCCCUGCAGCGUGAAGGCCAGACUUCUAGCAACUUUCUUCUGCUCCAGAACACACCACAAGCCCCAGAGCAGCAGAUGAUUUGAGAAGUGGAGUCACAAAAGCAGGCACUUCAUUUUUGUAGGAAGAGCAGAGGUGCCCUUUGGUCCUCAUCCAGUCUACUAUGAAAGGCAUCAGGUAUAGCAGCAGGACCAGGCAACUGGAGGGAAGUGAUGGAGAACAACAAACCACCUCUAUCUGGGCCCAUUUAGUACAGGGUCAGUGACUCCCACACAACAGGAAGCCUAUGAGCAUCGGUUGCAUCUUUCAAGCAGUGGGUUCAGUGGGUGAAUUAUACAUGUGAGAGCAUCUCAGAAUUAGAAGACCUGAUUUCAGGUUCUAGCUCUGCCACAUAACUUGCCACUUGAUGGAAAGGAGGUUUCACUUACCUCACCAGGGAUCGUGAGGAUUAUAUGAAUAACGUAUGUGGAGGUGCCUGAAUCUCAUAAGUGCUCAAAGUUCAUAAAAAUGAUACUUGAUACCUGGAAAAUAUGUAAGGAUCUCCUUUCUUAAUUAAACUAACCAAGAAAAAGAUAUGGAGUGCUAAA